CUCAAAGUAUACACAUUCUCUGAAAUCUUUGCAAGACUUUUUCUCCAUCGUUGUCCCAAUUCACUUCAAAUUCAUCCAAAUUUUCUCACCAAUUCAAACUUCAUUUCAAUUUCAAGUGAGAGAAAGAAAAAGAAAAAAAAUGCACGAUUUCUGUUUCACAAUUCCGUACGGGUUGGUAUUGGUCGGUGGAGGAUUAUUCGGUUUCAUCCAUAAAGGAAGUACCGCUUCUCUCGCCGGGGGUGUCGGAACCGGGUUGCUUCUCAUCCUCGCCGGUUAUCUCAGUCUCAAUGCCUUUGGGAAGCGGAAAAACUCUUACCUAGCUCUCGCCAUCGAGAUCCUUUGCGCAGGUGUACUAACAUGGAUCAUGGGACAGCGUUACUUGCAAACAUCUAAGAUUAUGCCUGCUGGUAUGAUUGCAGGACUCAGUGCUCUCAUGACUCUGUUUUAUCUGUACAAACUAGCAACUGGUGGCAAUCAUAUACCUGCUACUGCUAAGGCUGACUGAUGAUAAAGUGAUUCAUCAUAUACUAUAAUACGUAUAUGUUAGAUGGUGCAUGUAUUAUUGUACUUAGUGAGUUUGGAACAAAUAGUUGUUGUUGUUGUUGUUUUAUAUAUAAGAGAAUUGGACAUGACUGCAUUAUUCUGUAAGCAGCUCCUAUUGUUAAUCCUUUCCUCUUUUUCUUCAUUAAGCAUUGGGGUCUUCCUAAAUGCAAAAUAGACGCUUAUUUGUUACAUGAUUCACAAAUUAGAUGAAAAUUCCAAAUGAAAUGUAUUGUGACCUGUUACUUGACUAUUGUGCAAAUUUCCAUUUCCUUGUGUAA